CCCCCGGUAUGCAGACCGCGGAUAUUUGAAAAUAACGACUGGUUCAGUAGUAAGACGUAAUUCACAGAAAUUAUAGGCCGCUCAUCAAAACACAUUGUGAACAUCAUGACGUCCAUCACCGACCCAAACAUGAGUGACAGGUUCACCGGUGCUAUGGAGGAGAUCCACAAUAAACAGCUGAAAACAUAUGGGGAGAUCAUUGACAUGACUACAGAGCUGUGCCAGUCCCACCGACAGUUUGUGAAGUCUGCACUAGAUACAUGUUUAAAGAAAUGUAAGGAUGAUGAGAUGCUGUUUGAGACAAUACAGACAUUCAAAAGAGACAUGGUACAAAAGAAUGCGUCAUUGAAAGGGAAACGGCAAGCUAUUUCUGGAAUGAUAUCUGAGAUUCAGCAGAAGGAGAUGCAGAAAGACGACAUCAUCCAGAAGAUAGAGAAACUUAAAGAAGAUCAAGCUAAGAGAAAAGAGUUAAUAGAGUCUCAAAAUAAAGCAAACAAAGACAGACUGAGGAAUCUCUCAAAAGCCAGAGUUGUCUUUCAAGAUCAUUUAGGGAUGGAGAUGCGAACAAUCCUUGGCAAAACACAGUUGGUUAAAGGUGAAAAGCUGCAGUUUGUUUUCCGGAAUAUCAACCCCUCAGACCAGGACAGCGCCUAUGUUGUCACAAUGGGGAUUAAAGAAGACGGAUCAUACCAGAUUGUAUCCAGUGACCCCGUGCUUGAGUGUUUGCCAGUCUUGGAAAGCCGGCUUCAGGAGACCAAUAACUUGGCAGCAUUUCUGGCAAACGUCAGGAAGGAGUUUAUCUCUCGGGCUCGCUGCUAA